UUCCCCUCCUUCUCCUCCUCCUCCAAUCCUCUUCACACAAAAGCUCCACUUGUUUCUCUUCAAAUCCGCCAUUUUCUCUUCCUCUGUCUGUCUCUCUCUCUCUCUCUCUCUCUCUCUCUUCCUCUCUCUCUCUGCAAUGAUCUACCUCUCCACAACUAGUUUCUGAACUCUCCUCUUCAACCUUCUUUGCCAUGGCCGCUUUGUCUGAAGAUCUCUCUUCAUCCUCCUUGCAUCUCGACUCAGAUACCGAUCAGCGAGUCUACUUCGUUCCAUACAGGUGGUGGAAGGAUGCGCAGGAUUCUUUAACUGGUGAUGCUGAUGGGAAGAGAGGGCUUCCGUUCUUGGCAUCGCCGGGUUCGUCGUAUGCUGGACCAUUGAAGAUCAUUAACAGUAUUUUCAGCUCGGAUCUUGUGUUUAAUUUGAGAAGAGAGGAGGAUUCUUCGCAGAAUAGUGAAAAUGGUGAAGUGGGCAUUUCAGGGAGGGACUACGCGUUGGUGUCUGGAGAAAUGUGGGUGGAGGCACUUAAAUGGCAUAGUGAUUCCAAGUCUUCAACGAGGAAUGGUGGUAGCUUUUCCGUUGCAGAAGAUAAUAUAGCAGAUGUUUAUCCUUUGCAACUAAGGCUUUCUAUUCAACGGGAGGCAAAUUUAUUGGGAGUGAGAAUAAGCAAAAAGGAUAAUGUAGUCGAGUUAUUUAGGAGAGCAUGCAAACUCUUCAAUGUCGAAUCGGAGUUGUUGCGAAUAUGGGACUUCUCGGGCCAUACAAUUUCCCUUUUUAGUAUCAGUAAUAAGCAACGACAAUCAGAUCAAGAGGUUCUACUUGAAUUGCAAGUUUAUGGAUUGUCAGAUUUCAUAAAGUGCAAAGAAGGGAAAAAGGAUGAAUUGGCAAAUUCUAUCCUUGGAAAUUCAUCUGCUAAUUCACUUGUGAUGAAUGGUGCUUCUGGAACUGGGAGUGCUAGCUGCUUCCGUGUAAAUUCUUCAGUUUUUUCUGGAAGCUCUCGUGAAGCUGGUUCUUUAGGAUUGACUGGCUUGCAAAAUCUUGGGAACACCUGUUUCAUGAACAGUGCUCUGCAGUGCUUAGUGCACACUCCGAAACUUGUUGACUACUUUCUUGGUGACUAUGGUAGAGAAAUAAACCAUGACAACCCAUUGGGCAUGAAUGGGGAGAUUGCUUUGGCAUUUGGAGAUAUGUUGAGGAAAUUAUGGGCGCCUGGCGCAAGUCCUGUGGCACCAAGAACGUUCAAGUCUAAGCUUGCUAGAUUUGCUCCUCAAUUCAGUGGAUGCAAUCAACAUGAUUCACAAGAGCUCCUUGCCUUUUUGUUGGACGGACUUCACGAGGAUCUCAAUCGUGUGAAAAAGAAGCCUUAUGUAGAAGCCAAGGAUGGAGAUGGGCGAUCUGACAAUGAAGUAGCAGAUGAAUAUUGGCAAAACCAUUUGGCUCGCAAUGACUCCAUCAUUGUUGAUGUGUGCCAAGGUCAAUAUAAGUCAACAUUAGUUUGUCCCAUUUGCAAAAAGGUCUCUACUACCUUUGAUCCAUUCAUGUAUUUGUCACUGCCUCUACCUUCAACGACAAUGCGAACAAUGACUUUAACAGUUGUGAGCACUGGUGGAAGUACUCCAGCUCCAUAUACCGUUACAGUUCCCAAGUCCGGAAAAUGGGAAGACCUAAUAAAAGCCCUUAGUACUGCAUGCUCUCUAAAAGCCGAUGAGACUUUAUUGGUUGCUGAGGUAUACAACAACCGCAUCAUACGGUAUCUCGAGGAGCCAGCUGAUUCUUUGUCCUUGAUAAGAGAUGGUGACAGAUUGGUUGCUUAUCGCUUAGCAAAAGAUGAGGAACAAAUUCCCUUGGCUGUGUUCAUGCAUCAAAGGGUUGAGGAGCAGUACAUCAAUGGGAAACGUACUACAAGUCUUAAGGCAUUUGGAUUUCCUCUCGUGGCUAAGCUGCCUGGUGGCUUUAAUGGAUCUGAUAUCAAAGACAUAUACAAAAAGUUGCUCAGACCCUUCCAGGUUUCUGCACAAGAUGCUUUGGAAGAAAACCAUACCUCUGAUGUUGAUGCAACGGAGAAAACCAAGGAGGUGGAGAAUGUAACUAGUUCCACAUCGGCUUGUGUAAUUGAUCCCUUAACAAUCGAAGAUGGAGUUAAUUGUAAUUCACCAUCAGACGCUGAUUUACAAUUUUACACUACAGACGAUAAGGGAAUUAUUAGGGGCUCUGAAAUUCAAGUUGGUGAAUUUGUAGUGGGGUCGGAAAAGAGCAAGCGGUUAUAUGUGCUCGUGUCCUGGCCGCAAAAGCAGAUUGAGGGUUAUGACACUCACCUUCUUACCUCUUUACCUGAGGUUUUCAAAUCCAGCUUUUUUGCAAAGAGACCCCAAGAAUCUGUUUCUCUAUACAAGUGCCUUGAAGCUUUUUUGCAGGAGGAGCCUCUUGGUCCCGAAGACAUGUGGUAUUGUCCUAGCUGCAAAAAACACUGUCAAGCCAGUAAAAAGUUAGAUCUUUGGAGAUUACCGGAAAUUUUAGUUAUUCAUUUGAAGAGGUUCUCAUAUAGCCGGUUCAUGAAGAACAAGCUAGAGGCAUACGUUGACUUUCCUGUUGAUGAUCUGGAUUUAUCAAUGUACAUCGCCUAUAAGAAUGGCCAGUCUUGUACUCGAUAUGUGCUUUAUGCAGUCAGCAAUCACUAUGGGAGCAUGGGAGGUGGCCAUUACACUGCAUUUGUCCAUCAAGGUGGCGACCAGUGGUACAACUUCGAUGAUAGCAAUGUUUAUCCCAUUGGCUUAGACAAGAUAAAAUCUUCCGCUGCAUAUGUUCUUUUCUACAGAAGAGUUGUAGUUUGAUAAACUUCCAAUUAGCCGAGUCAUGAUCAUUUCUCCAAAUUUGAUGCUAAUUAUCUCUUACCAUGAAGGUCAUCCGUCUCUCUCAAUCCAAGUUUAACCACACAAGUGGCUCUGAGUAUGGAACAGAGUUCUCAAACUUAAAGACGGUUCCGCACCGAUGCCAUCAUCUUCAUGCUUAUAUACCAGAGAUCACAGACAGGUCUUAGGGAUACUAAUUACAUUUAUUGGCAUUACAAUCUUUGAAGGAAAGGCAUUAGCGUACGAUUCAAGCCUAACUCUUUUGAAGAUUUUUAGGGGUUACCAACAAGUUAGGAUAUUGAUUUUUUUUUUCUUUCUAUAGGAAAUUCCUGAAUAUUUCAUUUUGGUUAAGAUUGAUGUGCUGUGAUUCUUUUGUUAGUACUAAUUGAUAGAUUUUGAUCCCAUUUUUUGUUCCCUAAAAUCAUUGUAUUAAUUUUAAACUGGGUUAGCGUGAGAUCCCCAAAACUAACAACGAGCACCUGCGCCGCCCGUGACAGCUAGUAAUGUGAUUCUUGAGGCAAUAUGAAUGAAUUAUCAUGAUAUUGGCUUUGAUAACAAA